AUCGCAGGACCUGCCGCUUCUUUCUUCUCUAACGACGCGUUGGAAUUCUGCCCUGAAGAUCGCCACAAAAUAUUCCGAGGUACGCUUGAAAACCAUUUUCGAAAAAAAAAAAAAAAAAAAAUUCCUUCGAGGAGCAGAUUUUCCGAGAGAUCCGAGUUUCCAAAAAAAGAGAAAAAAGAAAGUUUUUCUAGGGCAUUUUUCCUGUGGUAUUUCUGUUAUGUUGGAACUAGGGGUAGUGUUUGAUUUCAAUUGUCAAGAAAAGGAAUUAGGGUUAGGAUUUGAUUUAGUUUUUUUUUAUUUUUUUAGGUUUUUUUUAGAAGAACUUGUGGGGAUUAGGGUUUGAAUAGAUUCAAAUCUAGUUUUCUUUUUUUGGGGGGAAUUUCUGUUUGGUAGAAAUUAGGGUUUCGUUUUGAUUCCGAUUGGAUUUCUGGGAGGAUUUUUAUCAGACGAGGGUCUAAUUUCAAUUGGGUUUCCCUAGGAAUGAUUAGGGUUUGAAAGAUUCCAAUCUAGGGUUUUGAAUUUUGGGAUUUCUGUUACGUAGAAAUUACGUUGAGAGUUUGAUUCCAAUUGGGCUUUUCAGAAUUUGAUUCGAUUUCUUUUUAGGUCAUUAGAGUUUGAAAAGAUUUAGGGGACUUGAGUAUCGAAUUCUCUGUGGGAAAGGGAGUAUUUUUUACUGUUCGGCGUUUGUGUUCUUUAUACGAAGAUUGAUUCAGGGUUGAUUGAUUUCUGGAGGAUUUUUUUUUCUAGAUUUUAGUGCAGUUUGAAACUUCUAGCUUUUCGGUUUUUAAAUUCUUAGCAAGAAAGCUGUUUUUGGGAUUUUUUUUUUUUGGGUUACUUGUAGGUUGGACAUUGACUGACUCUUAGGAUUGAAUUGGUUCCAUUCAGUGCGAUUUCUGCAUUCAUUUUUAUGGCAUUUGUAUGCCACGAGAGACAGAACUUGUCCCCAAAGUCAAACGAUUCUGUAGAUAAUCCCUGGGAGGAAGAGGUCGCACUGACCCAAUUCAAAUCCUAUAGCCCUUCUGCCGUUCUGAGAUUCGAUUCAAAGAAAGAGACCCGAGAGUCUGUUGAACCAAAACCUGUUUCAGGAUUCCCAUCAAAACAGGUAACUGCAAUAUCUGCUAACCCAAAAGUUCCUUUAGCUGAUGAUUCCGGCAAUGGCAGCCGGCGGUCGAUCACCGACCUUCCCCCGGCCUUGGUCUCUGAAAUUCUCCAUUGCCUUGAUGCGAAAGAGCUUGGUAUUGUUUCAUGUGUCUCCACCCUUCUCUGGAAGAUUGCUUCCGACCAUUGUGGGUGGAAGGAUUUCUAUUGCCAGAGAUGGGGUUUACCUUUGGCUCUGCCGUCUCCGGCCCCUGGACUCCCGGAUGAGAGAUCGUGGAAGGAUCUUUUUGUAGAGAGGGAGUUUAGGAGCAAGAUGUUCAUGGGGCGUUACAGCAUUGAUGUUCUCUAUGGUCACACUGAUGCAGUCCGCUCAGUUUUCCUUCUGGCCUCUAUGAAGCUUAUAUUUACUGGAGGGUAUGAUUCAGUGAUUCGGAUGUGGGACAUGGAAGAGGGGCUUUCAAUUGCAUCGUCCCGGCCCCUUGGAUGCACCAUUCGGGCGGUCACAGCAGACACCAAUCUUUUGGUAGCCGGGGGCACUGAUGGGUUUCUUCAAUGCUGGAGGGCGAUCGAAGGGUAUCCACACUUGUUUGACAUCAUGGGUUCCAUGAAUCAGAAUUCUGAGUUCCGUUUGUGGGAGCAUGAAGGUCCUGUGACUUGCCUUGCAUUGGAUGUUGCUAGAAUUUACAGUGGCUCGUGGGACAUGACUGUCCGUGUGUGGGACCGAGCUAAAUUGAAAUGUUUAAAGGUCCUGAGACAUGGAGACUGGGUGCUGGGCCUCGCUCCUCGUGGCCCCACCGUUGCAAGCACUGCUGGCAGUGAUGUCUAUGUUUGGGACAUUGAGAGUGGAGAUCGGGUGGUGGUCAUUGAAAAUGCUCAUGCUGGUAACACAUAUGGGUUGGCCUGCAGUCACUCAGGAGAUCUUCUAUUCACCGGUGGAGAGGAUGGAGCCGUUCAUAUGUUCGAAGUUGCAAGCCAUUGCAUGGAUGAUGACAUUAGGUCAGUCGCAACAUGGAUUCCUCAUGCGGGUCCAAUUCAUUCUCUCGCGUUUGAGUUCCCCUGGCUGGUAUCAUGUUCUGGUGAUGGAAAGCUUGCACUGAUCGAUGUGAGAAAGUUGUUGAAGUCCAGUCGGAAAUCUUCGUCAAGAUACCAUUGUAAUUUUAACCGGGCCACUCCCAACAACAUUGAGCCCCCACAAAGGAUGCUACAUGGGUCUGGAUCCAAUUUGUUCUCCGUGGAUAUCGGUGCAGACAGAAUCCUCUGUGGGGGGGAGGAAGGUGUGGUUAGAAUCUGGAACUUCUCACAAGCACUAGAGAAAGAACAGAGGGUCCGUGCCCUGAGGGGGAUGCGGACGGAGAAUCGGAUGAGGCGCCGGAAGAUCCAAAUAGAGAUGAACAAUAAGAGUGGCCGGACUGACCAGUGUUCGGCUGCAGCCCGAAGGAAUCAGAUGCACGGUGAUCGAACCAGUGUUUGGCAUCAUGGUAGGCGUGGUGUGGACAGGAAGCUCAAGGCAUAGAAAGGGAUAGGUCAUAGGUGGCAUCACCAUCGAAGCUCAAUUAUAGGUGGACGGUCUGGUUAAUCACAUGGUGGGGCAGAAGGGGACAGGGCAAGCCACUAGGCAAUGGCAUCUCCCAUGGUGUAGUGGCGGUUCCACUCACGGAUAUCCAAGACAGUGUUGGGGACUUGAGGCUGUAGGUGCCCGGUGCACUGUAUGCAAACGGUAUUUUCAGUAUUGUUUUUUAUUUUGAUUUAAUUUUGAUUUUUGGCAACCGGAAUUGUGAACCAAGGGUACAUUUGGGUGCACAAUCAAAUUGGAUUGCAAUUCUUGGUCUGAUAAAGAGGGAAUGGUGAAAUUACAAUUUCC